UUUGAGCUACAUAUUUUUGUGCUUAAUUAAGAUUAUUUUAGAUCUGUUUUAAAUAUUGUUAUGUUAUUAAUGAAUUAGCUAUUGUAAAUCAUAUUAAUUUUAAUUUAUUUAUUAUAGUUGGGUUUGAUAUAUAGUUUUUUACUUUCAAAAUAAUGAAUAUUUUUACCUAAAUAACUAGUAACAAUUUGUACUUUUAUUUCACUGUAUUUAAUUUUAAAAUAAUGAGUAUAUUAUAUAAAAAUGAUGAAGGAUGGUUUAUAUCUCAUGAACAGUUUAUUACUAAGUUGUAUAAUACCAUCUCUGAGCAGAAUAACUUGGAUUUAUUUUAUAAACAUUUCUUCCACAUUAAUCAACCAUUCAAUAGAGAUAAUCAAAAUAUAUGUAAUGAUGAUGAAAGCAAUAAUUGUUUGUUAAUAAGUAAAAAGCGGAAAAGAAAAAAAACAUUUAUAGAAGAAGAUGAGCUACAUUGUAAGAUCAGAUUAUUUAUAUCAAAAGUAAAAAACGAAACAAAAAUAUUUUCACAAAUUUCUAAUAAGAAUGAUAAUAAUUUAUGUGCUAGACUUGCAUCUAAUAAGUUUUACAACAAGACAAUAAAAAAAAAAAUAUGCUUUGGAGAAAAUAAAAAUUCUACUCUUUAUAUCUCAAAUCAAUACAUUUUCCCUCCACUUUGUAAGUUCUAUUGUGAUGAUAUUGACAAUUUGAAUAAACUAAACAAUGAAAAGUAUGAUUUAAUUUUGAUGGAUCCACCUUGGACUAAUAAGUACAUCAAAAGAAAAAAAAAAAAAAUAUAUGACGAAGGAUAUUCUAUGAUACUUGAUACUGAUCUGGAAAAAUUACCAAUUGGUCAGAUUCUUGCUCCAGAUGGACUUAUUAGUGUAUGGUGUACAAAUUCACAAAAUCAUAUAAAUUCGUUGAUAAAUAAUUUUUUUCCAGCUUGGGAUGUGUCGUAUGUUGCUACUUGGUAUUGGAUAAAAGUAACUGUUAAUGGGGAAUAUGUUUGUAAAUUUACUCAACCUCCUGGUAAACAGCCUUAUGAAAGAAUAAUAUUUGGAAGAAAACGUAAUAUUAACUCUGUUAUUAAAAACCCAGAAGAUAACAAAUUUAUAGUUAGUAUACCAAGUUCAGUACAUUCCCAUAAACCUCCUUUAACAGAUGUAUUAUCAUCUUUUCUACCCGAAACACCAAAUUGUUUAGAACUAUUUGCCAGAUACUUAUUACCCAACUGGACUAGUUUUGGACUUGAGACACUAAAAUUUCAACAUUUAUUUCUAUAUCAACAAUCAAUUUUGACUGAUGUUCAAUGUUUACAAAUCAAAGAAAAUUUAUUGUAAAAUUUUGUAUAAAUUAAUUAACAAGUGAAGAAAAAAAUUAUUUUGUAAAAUAAGUUAUAUUUUGAAAAAUAUAGAUUUAUCUAGUAGUAGCACUACGCCUUUCAA